UCGUCGACACAUCUUUUACACAACCGGACCCAAAGGAUCGCCUCUUACUGUAGUAUUUACGUUUUUUCCAAUAAAAUUGGAGGAUUAUUGUUACAUUUUUUUUUCUUUUUAUCCUUUUUGUUACCUACUUGCGCUACCAUUGGAUGUGAUUUUCUUCAGAAAAAGCAAAUAUCAAGAGAAGAAGCGGAGGGAACUGCGGGGGAAGAAAGUCCCUGACAGGCUGGAUGAAAUGAGAUCCCCAUGUAGUGAUUACCAUGGAAACUUGUGAUUCCCCUUCUCUCUCAAGACAGGAAAAUGGGCAGCAGAUAUCAAAGCUACAUGAGACGACACAUCUUGAUAAUGAGGUGCCAGAGAAAGUCCCUGGGAUGGAGCCUGACAAGGAAAACAGCCUUGCGGAUGACAACCUGAGGACGGAGGAGAGCCGUCAAGAGAUCGCGUCGGGAUUGAGCGUGGAAAAUGCGAUAGGUGCGGCCACUAAAGAGAUCCCCUGCAACGAAUGUGCCACUUCCUUCUCGAGUUUACAAAAAUACAUGGAGCACCACUGCCCGAACGCUCGCCUUCCUCUUCUGAAGGACGAGAAUGAGAGUGAGGUCAGCGACCUUGAGGACAGCGAUGUAGAGAACCUGACAGGAGAGAUAGUUUACCAGCCAGAUGGCUCAGCUUUUAUUCUUGAGGACUCCAAAGAAGGUGGCCAGUCAGGGGUCAAAAGACUCUUCUCCCCAGCACUAUUUUCAAACUCCCAAACUGCUGCCGGGGACAAGACUGAGCAGUCGGCCACAGCCCCCAUGUCCUUUUAUCCACAAGUGAUCAAUACCUUUCACAUCGCUUCAUCCCUCGGGAAACCAUUUACGGCCGAUCAGGCUUUCCCAAAUACCUCAGUAUUAGCAGGAGAUGGUCCUGUGUUGCACAGUUUCCGUGUCUACGAUCUCCGACACAAGAGUGAUAAAGACUAUCUUACCAUUGAUGGCGCAGCCAAAAACUCCUGUGUGUCCAAAGAUGUUCCAAACAAUGUGGACUUGUCUAAAUUUGAUGGUUUCAUUAGUGAUGGGAAAAGGAAACCUAUUCUGAUGUGUUUCUUGUGCAAGUUGUCUUUUGGUUAUAGUAGGUCAUUUGUAACCCAUGCUGUGCAUGAUCAUCGGAUGACCCUCAGUGAGCAGGAGCAAAAGCUCCUUAGUAAUAAAUAUGUCUCUGCCAUCAUACAGGGCAUUGGUAAAGACAAAGAACCUCUUAUAAGCUUUCUGGAACCAAAAAAAAUAAAUUCUGUUACACCACACUUUUCUACUGCAAACUUCAUGGGCCCUGAUCCAGGCAUUCACAGCCUGUGGAACACCUUUCACAUGGAAAACGGUGAUUCCCUGCAGGCUGGUUUCGCCUUCCUGAAAGGAAGUGCCAGUUUGGCAUCUUCUGCAGACCAGUCGCCCAGGAGUGCCCAGAUGCCAAAGGCUGAACUGAACCUCGGGGUUGCGGCCACCUCGGCGCUCAAGUCCCCCGUCGGCUUCGUGUCUCUCCAGCGCUCAUCGCCAGGGGCUGGGUGCAGGGAUCAGGAGAGCAACUGUGAACGGCAGAAGGGCGUUAGCACUUUGCAUGCCAAUGGUGAGCUCCCCAUCAAAAGCGAGCCCAGAGACACGGCUGACGCUGAGGAGGACGAAGACAUGUAUUUGAAUGAGCUUGACGACGAUGGCGUUUGUGAACUUGGGGAUAGUACCAGUAGCAAAGAUUUCCCUCUCUUAAACCAAAGCAUUUCUCCUUUAUCGUCCAGUGUGCUAAAAUUUACUGAAAGGGGUACUACUUCCUCUGUGACUGUUGCCAAUGACCUAGAGAAGACAAAGCAAGCUGCUGCCAGCUUGGACUACAGCAAUGACUCCACGAGCGGAGGCAGCAAAGAUGGCUGCGACUCCAACGGCGGCAGGGAUAGCAGUCCACCAUCUCUUCCUCUCGACAUGAUACGACGAGACGACGAAAGCCCUGGCCCACUGCACCAGUAUGCUGCCACGCCCAGCACCCCUGGCACCCCCGGCCCAGGAGAGGGCUCUCCUGGAAGUGGAAUCGAAUGCCCCAAGUGUGACACUGUCUUAGGUUCCUCACGUUCACUUGGUGGUCACAUGACCAUGAUGCACUCACGGAACUCCUGCAAGACGCUGAAAUGCCCCAAAUGCAAUUGGCACUACAAGUACCAGCAGACCCUGGAUGCUCACAUGAAGGAGAAGCACCCAGAGUCUGAAGGCUCUUGUGUCUAUUGCCACACGGGCCAGCCUCACCCUCGACUCGCCCGGGGUGAGAGCUACACGUGCGGCUACAAACCUUUCCGCUGCGAGGUGUGCAACUACUCCACAACCACCAAAGGCAACCUUAGCAUACACAUGCAGUCGGACAAGCACCUUAACAAUGUGCAGACGCUGCAGAACGGGGGAACGGAAGCCAUCUACAACCAUGCUGCUCCUGUGUCUAACGCCAGCCUGAGCGGGUGCAGCACGCCCUCACCCUCCAAGCCCAAACAGAAACCCACGUGGCGAUGCGAGGUCUGCGACUAUGAGACCAAUGUGGCUCGCAAUUUGCGCAUCCACAUGACAAGUGAGAAACACAUGCACAACAUGAUGCUUCUUCAGCAGAACAUGAAGCAGAUCCAGCACAACUUGCACCUGGGCUUGGCACCGGCCGAGGCGGAGCUCUACCAGUACUACCUGGCCCAGAAUAUCGGGCUCACUGGUAUGAAACUGGAGAACCCUUCAGACCCACAGGUGAUGAUCAACCCCUUCCAGCUUGACCUUAGCACUGCCGCAGCCCUGGCUCCCGGUCACAUAAAUAAUGAGCUGCCUGUGGAGCUGCGUCUUGCGAGUGGUCAGCUAAUGGGUGAUGACCUGUCCGUCCUCUCUGCUGGGGAGCUGUCACCUUGCAUCAACGACCCGCUGCUGAAGCUCUUCCAGUGCGCGGUGUGCAACAAAUUCAGCUCUGACAGCCUGGAGGUGCUCAGCGGGCACGUGGCGGCAGAGCGAUCGCUUCCGGAAGAGGAGUGGAGGGCCGUGAUGGGAGACGUCUACCAGUGCAAGCUGUGCAACUACAACACGCAGCUCAAGGCCAAUUUCCAGCUCCACUGCAAGACCGACAAGCACAUGCAGAAGUAUCAGCUGGUGGCCCACAUCAAGGAAGGUGGCAAAGCCAACCAGUGGCGUCUCAAGUGCAUUGCCAUCGGCAACCCCGUGCACCUGAAGUGUAAUGCCUGCGACUACUACAGCAACAGUGUGGAGAAGCUGAGACUGCAUGCGACCAACCAGAGGCACGAAGCUGCGCUGAAGGUCUACAAGCACUUGCAAAAACAAGAGAGUGCAUGUAACUCGGAGUCCUGCUACUACUACUGCGCGUUGUGCGACUACUCCAGCCGAGCCAAGCUGAACCUGCUGCAGCAUCUCCGGUCGGUCAAGCACCAGCAGAGCGAAGGCCUCCACAAGCUGCAACUGCAUCAGCAGGGCCUUCCUCCCGACGAAGACAACCUCGCUGAUGUUUUCUUCGUCAAGGACUGCCCUCCGAACGAAUCUGAAGAACCAGGUGAAGACAGCGAGGAAUCCCCACGAGCCUCCUCAUUGGCCGCGGCCGAGGACAAAGACUCGAGCAAGAGGGACGCCAUAGAAGGCAACACAACAGAGAAGGACUCCAGAAUUAAUACACUGGCUAAGGAAACCCUGGGGACUUCUACAGCAGGGAAGCGGUUGCUUCAGCAGGAGAAAGAAAAUGACACUCCACCCAAGAGGCCCAAAUCAGCUGAAGAGAAGACACUGCCCAAUGAGCAGGUGCAACAGUGCCCAUACUGUAAUUACAGUAACAAGGAUGCAAACCGUUUACAGCUGCACAUCAUGUCCCAGCAUUCCAUGCAGCCGGUCAUCAGCUGCCCCUUGUGUCAGGAUGUCCUCAGCAACAAGAUUCACUUGCAGCUGCAUCUCACCCACCUCCAUAGCGUGGCUCCAGACUGUGUGGAGAAGUUAAUUAUGACAGUUGCAGGCCCAGAUGUUACAGUGCCCAAUUCCUUGCUGUCUACAUCAUUACAAGACAAAGUCCCAUCUUUGAUGGAUUCUUCAGCUGUUAUCCCUGAGGGAUCUGGAAAACCCAUGGGAAACAGCUCUAAGGAUUUGAAAAACAGCAUAGGCCAAGAAAAAAUUGAGGUUGAACUUGCCAAUGAGGAACUCAAACCACCAAAAGAGGCUGCUGAGGCCCCUGACUGGAAGAAAGCAAGUGGUCAAGACAGGAAGAGCCCAGACUCCCUGCAGGAGCAUCUAAGUGAUCUGCAGAAGCGGCAGCAGCUCUCAGUCUCUGAUCGCCACGUCUACAAAUACCGCUGCAACCAUUGCAGCCUGGCUUUCAAGACUAUGCAGAAGCUUGAGAUACAUUCCCAGUACCAUGCCAUCCGUGCAGCCACCAUGUGCAGUCUGUGCCAGCGCAGCUUCAGGACAUUCCUUGCCCUUCGAAAGCAUUUGGAGACUGGUCACCCUGAGCUGACUGAAGCAGAAGUACAGCAACUCUGUGGGAACCUGCCCCUAAAUGGAGACAUUGCUGAAUGUGAGAUACGGGCUCUGGAAGAGGCACAAGCCUUUGAGCAUGAGUUAGACAAAGAUGAGGAACUUGACCAAGAAGGGAAGGCCAGUCCAACUGGAAGUGACAGCAGCUCCUUGCUUGAUGACAUGGGCUCAGAGCCAAAGCGGACCUUGCCUUUUAGGAAAGGUCCAAAUUUCACCAUGGAAAAGUUUUUAGACCCCUCACGUCCAUACAAAUGCACAGUAUGCAAGGAGUCAUUCACCCAAAAGAACAUUCUCCUUGUUCACUACAAUUCUGUCUCACAUUUGCAUAAGCUAAAGAAAGUAAUCCAAGAGGCCUCAAGCCCAGUUCCCCAGGAGACCAGCAACAAUGUUGACAACAAACCAUACAAAUGCAAUAUAUGUAACGUUGCUUAUAGCCAAAGCUCAACCCUGGAGAUUCACAUGAGGUCUGUACUUCAUCAGACAAAAGCACGAACUGCCAAAAUGGAGAGUAGUACUAGUACUGGGGGUGGUAGCAGCGGAAGUUCUACAUCUAAAAGCCCUGUUCCACUCAAUCAGGGAAGUGCAGAUUCUGCAAAUGCACCAGUACCCUCUAACAAAGAAAACACUGUAGAUGCCAAAGAAGUUACCAUGAAACAAACUACUGAUCACAUGCAUGUGCAGCCUACCCACCCACCAACCCAGUCACCAGCACAGCUUCAGAUGCAACUGCAGCAUGAGCUCCAGCAGCAAGCUGCAUUCUUUCAGCCACAGUUUCUGAAUCCAGCUUUCUUCCCACACUUCCCAAUGACACCAGAGGCCCUACUGCAAUUCCAGCAGCCCCAGUUCCUCUUCCCAUUCUACAUCCCUGGUGCUGAAUUUAACAUCAGCCCUGAGCUUGCAUUGCAUUCAGCUGCAUUUGGGAUGCCUGGUAUGACUGGAUCAUUCCUGGAAGAUCUGAAGCAGCAGAUGCAGCAACAACAUCAGCUGGGCCAACAGCAACAGCUUCAACUUUCUCAGCAGCAAGCUCAGCAGCAGGCCUCCCAGUCUCAAAUGCAGCAGCAGAAAGCACAGCAGCAGAGUCACAAGCCAAAAACUGAGUCCAACCACAUUGCCCUGUCUGAGAUUCAAAUGUCCAGAGAUGCUGAAGAGUACCUAGAAAAGCAGGAGAGCAAAGCAAAGCUGGAUAUAGCUAAUGAUAUUGACAGUGCAAAAGACACUAAAGAUUCAAGAAAGCCUAAAUUUUCAGAACCUCUAAUUCCUCCACCACGCAUCAUCUCAGGAGCUAGAGGUAAUGCUGCUAAAGCACUACUUGAGAACUUUGGCUUUGAAUUGGUUAUACAGUACAAUGAGAAUAGACAGAAAACCCAGAAAAAGAAUAGAGAGGAAGUGUUGACUGACAAACUGGAGUGUGGGCUGUGUGGAAAGUUCUUCUCCAACAUGCUUAUUCUCAAAAGCCAUCAGGAACAUGUGCAUGGGCAGUUCUUUCCAUACGUGGAGCUGGAAAAGUUUGCACAGCAGUACAGGGAGGCGUAUGACAAGUUGUAUCCCAUAAACCCAGCAUCUCCAGAAACACCCCCCCCACCACCUCCUCCUCCUCCUCCUCCUCCUGCCCCAGUGACCGCUCUCCUUGCCACUACGUCUGUAGGAAAAUCGCAGACACCAUCUCCUGCACCUCUACAAACUCCUCAGCAAGCGCCACCACCGCCUCCUCCACCACCACCACCGCCGCCUCCACCACCCACUGCACCUCCUCAAGUGCAGCUCCCUGUUUCUCUUGACCUGCCAAUUUUCCCACCACUGAUGAUGCAAUCAGUGCAGCACCCUGGGCUACCCCCACAGCUUGCGCUGCAGUUUCCAACAAUGGACUCUUUAUCUUCUGACCUCACACAGUUAUGUCAACAACAACUGGGACUGGAUCCAAACUUCCUGCGGCAGUCUCAGUUCAAGCGUCCUCGCACCAGAAUCACAGAUGAUCAGCUAAAAAUCCUCCGUGCUCAUUUUGACAUCAAUAAUUCUCCCAACGAAGAACAGAUUCAAGAAAUGGCAGAUAAAUCUGGCCUCCCUCAGAAAGUCAUAAAGCACUGGUUCCGUAAUACACUCUUCAAAGAACGUCAAAGAAGCAAAGAUUCCCCUUACAAUUUUAACAUUCCACCCAUGACCACACUGGAAGAUAUCAGACUUGAAUCCCAAGUGAACAUGCUAGAGUACUACAGAACUGAUGCUUCGACGAACAGAAGGUCAUCAAGAACACGUUUCACAGACUAUCAACUGCGAGUACUCCAAGAUUUCUUUGAUGCCAAUGCUUACCCCAAGGAUGAUGAAAUUGAGCAGCUCUCAACGGUACUCAACCUGCCAACGCGAGUGAUUGUGGUGUGGUUCCAAAAUGCCCGUCAGAAGGCCCGCAAGAGCUAUGAGAACCAAACAGAUACAAAAGACAGCGAAAAGAAAGAACUAACAAAUGAACGAUACAUUAGGACCAACAACAUGCAGUACCAAUGUAAGAAAUGCAGUGUCAUUUUCCCCCGAAUUUUUGACCUCAUUACUCACCAGAAGAAGCAAUGCUACAAAGAUGAGGAUGAUGAAGCUGGAGAUGAAAACCACUCAGAGGAAUUCACAGAGAACAAUGAGCAAAGUUCAGUAAAGCCAACAGAGUCAGCAAUAAACUCUGUUGUAACAGCAAGCAGCUCUGGCUCCAGCUCUCCCUUAAUGCCUUCACCUCGACCUGAUGUAGGGAAGUCCUCACCCAAACCUGAGCUCCUCCAUGAAAAAACUAAAUUGGGAGAGAUUGCCUCUUUACAAACUCCCAAGAACCUAAAUGAGUUAAAAUCUUCCAAGGCUUCAACCCCACAACCUCCACCACAAAAAUUACCUCAACCACAAUUGUCAAGACCACAUUCCCAGCCCCAGUCUACGACUGUCCCAUCAAGUCCUCUUUCAAUUGCACUGUCCUCUCUUAACAAUAGCCUACCACCUCAAAUGUUACAGUACCACUGUGAUCAGUGCAAAAUUGCUUUCCCAACAGUAGAGCUGUGGCAGGAGCACCAGCACAUGCAUUUUCUGGCUGCCCAGAACCAAUUCUUACACUCACAGUUUUUAGAAAGGCCGCUGGAUAUGCCUUAUAUGAUCUUUGAUCCAAAUAACCCUCUUAUGACUGGGCAACUCCUGUCUGGAGCCCUAUCCCAGAUGCCAACUCCAAGCAACUCUGGCCUUGCUGUGAACUCUAACUCUGUGAAACGUAAAUUAGAUGAAAAAGAGGAUCAAUCUCAUGAAAAAGAUGGUGUUAAUAGUGCAGAAGAUCAGCACAGAGAUAAACGUCUUAGGACUACCAUUACUCCAGAACAACUUGAGAUCCUAUAUGAUAAAUAUUUGCUCGAUUCAAACCCAACAAGAAAGAUGUUAGAUCAUAUUGCUCGUGAAGUUGGCCUGAAGAAAAGAGUUGUCCAAGUAUGGUUUCAGAACACCCGAGCCAGAGAGAGGAAGGGACAAUUUAGAGCAGUUGGGCCCUCUCAGACUCACAAAAAGUGUCCCUUCUGCAGAGCACUGUUCAAGGCCAAGUCAGCUCUUGAUAGCCACAUUCGCUCAAGACACUGGCAUGAGGCAAAACAGGCAGGCUUUAGUUUGCCCCCAAGUCCAAUGAUGCCUCAAGAUGAAGGAGGUCAAAGUCCCAAUAAGUAUAAUUUUGCUGACUACCUACAAAUGACCACAAAGACUGAGAUGAAUGACAGUGAGCCUCCAACUGCAUCUUCCACUCCAGUUAAACCUUCCGAGAUGGCACUAAAAAAUGUAUUGAGCUUACCAUCCGUUAAAGCAGAACAUAGUUAUGAAUUUGAGGGGCUUAACUUGAGCUCUGCAGAGGCCUCUUUUGAUGCCAACAAAAUUGACUUUGAUGAAACCUCCUCAAUUAACACAGCUGUGAGUGAUGCUACAACUGGAGAUGAGACCAAUAAUGAAGUUGAGAAUCUCACAGUAAAUGGAGGUGAAAAAAUGAUUGAGAACAGAAUGAGCCUAGCACAAAUCUCUGACAUAAAUGAGGAUAGAUUCCAUUUCAACAUGGUUAGCCCAGCAUUAAGUUUCUCUGGCAAAGACAGUGACUUCUUCAAUUCCAGAGAUGAUGAACUAGAUGAUUAUGCAGACAAGAGCGAGACUUCAAGUUUGGCUGAUCCAAGUUCACCCAGUCCAUUUGGAGGUACAAAUCCCUUCAAGUCUGCAAAAGCUGGUGGAGAGAGACCAGGCCACAAACGUUUUAGAACCCAAAUGAGCAACCUACAGCUAAAAGUCCUAAAGGCUUGUUUCAGUGACUACCGCACACCUACUAUGCAAGAGUGUGAAAUGCUGGGCAAUGAAAUAGGACUCCCAAAACGGGUUGUGCAAGUCUGGUUCCAGAAUGCCCGUGCAAAAGAAAAGAAGUUCAAAAUAAACAUUGGAAAGCCAUUUAUGAUAAGCCAGGGCUCCCCAGAUGGGCCGAGGCCUGAGUGUAUAUUAUGUGGCGUGAAGUAUACAGCCAGAUUAUCGAUUCGUGAUCAUAUCUUUUCAAAGCAGCACAUUGCGAAAGUGCAGGAAAUCCUGGGCAACCAGGUUGAUCGAGAAAAAGACUAUCUUGCACCUACCACUGUCCGCCAGCUUAUGGCUCAACAAGAACUUGACCGUUUGAAGGUAACCGAUGUACUCAACUUGCCAGCCCAGCACCAACCUGCAGUGGACAAUAAUGCACUUCAUGGCCUUAGCCUGCCAACUGCCUACCCAGGAAUAUCUGGUCUCCCACCAGUGCUUCUUCCUGGUGUCAAUGGGCCAUCCUCCCUUCCAGGUUUUCCACCAAAUACACCUGCUUUAGCGUCUCCUGGUGCUGGCAUGCUUGGGUUCCCUACUCCAGCCACCCCUUCUCCUGCCAUGUCUCUCAGCAGUACCCCAACCAAGACUCUUCUUCAGACACCUCCUCCUCCUCCUCCUCAACCCGCCGCACUUCCUCUUCCUCCCACUCCUUUGGCAGCAAAUCAGACUGAGCAGCACAUAAAAGAAUCUGAGAAAGACAAGAAGUUAGAGAAGCCUAAGGUGAAAGAAAGAGAAGCUGACACUGCCCGUCCCGAGACCCCAAUUGUGAAGAAAAGGGAAAAGCCCUCGCCGCCACUUUCAGUGCUAGGAAAAUUGGGAAGUGAGACACAGAUGGACCCAGCACAACUGCAAGCCCUUCAGAAUGCCAUUGCUGGUGACCCAGGCUCCUUCCUAGGGGGACAGUUCUUGCCUUAUUUCAUCCCUGGCUUUGCAUCUUGCUUCUCACCCCAACUUCCUGGCGGAAUGCAGGGGGGAUACUUCCCUCCUCUGUGUGGAAUGGAGAACAUGUUCCCCUACGGCCCUGCACUGCCGCAGGCUAUUGCUGGGCUUUCUCCAACUGCCCUGCUGCAGCAGUACCAACAGUACCAGCAGUCCCUCCAGGAUUCCUUACAGAAGCAGCAUCAGCAGCAGCAGAAGCAAAGUGAACCGCAGCAUAAAACGCC